GGAAAGUGAGGAGCGAAACCGAAGGCUCAACCCCAGGAGACAGUCGUAGAGGCGAUGGCGAGGAGCAGCAAAACACUUUCUCAAAGAAACACGAGUCGUCGUGCCGCGCAGACGAUUGGCGGGAAGCGGGAUCUGCGUACCGGCGAAGGAUGGGAAGCGAGACAGACACAACGCGACGAGAAGGUGGAGUUCGUACGCCGCGAUUCUUGCGCUGGUUGCGAGGACGGAGAGCGGGGCGAGGCAGAGAUCGAGAGGACGAGUCAUCAUCGGAUGAAUGGCAAGGAACGUGCCCGUCGUCGCCCCUCAACAUGCACGCUCUGUACGUGCGACGCGCAGGGCCGCCACGCCCACGCGCAACGGCAGGGGGAACGGACGGAGCGAGAGAGGGAGCGAGAAGAGCGAGGGAAGGAGCGGGAGACGAAACAAGAGGAACGAGGGAUGGAUCAAGGGGAGGAGCAAGAGCAUCAGCAAGAAGGGGAGCGCUAGACGGCGCAAGGGGAGGAGCUUCGGCAAAAGUAGACGCAGCGAUUACUAUGAACCAGUUCGCCCCUGCCGAAUCAGUCCCGCAAUCCGCAAAGCCAUACGCUCAAACACCAGACGCCUCAACGCGGGCAGAUGCAGGAGGAGAAGCAGCAAAAGAAGCAGCUGCGGAAAGGGCAGCAGCAAGAGCCCUAAAGGGACACUGUACACGCGCAGGGAGGGGCAAGCAUCGUCCCACUGCAGCAGAUGUGCACCCUGCAACCAAACACCUCCAGCCCAGGGAGGCAGCGAUACCAGCACCAGCCACGCCAGCAUCAGCCACACCAGAAUCAGCCACGCCAGCAUCAGCCACGCCAGCAUCAGCCACACCAGCAUCAGCCACACCAGCAUCAGCCACGCCAGCAUCAGCCACGCCAGCAUCAGCCACGCCAGCAUCGACAUCUACAUCAGGAACGCCACAAGUAUCAACAGCAACAGCAUUGGCUGCAGUUGUUUCGACACUAGCAGCAGCUGCUGCAAGGGGGAAGGGCGCAAUGGGUGUGGGGGUAGGAGGCGGGGCGGGGCAGGUAUGUGCGCAGUACUCGCUGGCGGAGGUGGUGCAGGCGACGAGCGACUGGGCGGAGAGCAGGCGCAUUGGGGGGGGCAGCUUCGGGGAUGUGUACAAGGGCGAGUGCCCCCACAACCCCUCCCUCAUCUGGGCCGUCAAGCGCGCCAAGAUCCUCACCAACGACUUCAAGCGCGAGGUCAGGAGGGGGGGGAGGGGGUUUGCUCAAAUCCGUGUUGCCAUGUCCUUGUGAGAUGAAGGCCAGCGUGAUGCAAUGACAAUGUUCCGAUCUCUAUCCCUCCCAUCUGUCCCUUCUAGUAAGCUGUUCUGCCGCGCCCUUACUGCGUUUCUGCUGUUUGUUGUUGCAUGGCAUGGCAUGGCAUGUGAACGAGAUGGCGACGAAGAACCACCCGAACCUGGUGCGGCUGGUGGGGUACUGCCUGGACUUCAGUCCUGUGACUGAGAGGAUGGAGCAGAUCGUCAUGUACGAUUUCAUGCCCAAUGGCGACCUCGAACAGUGGAUCGGGCCCUCCGUGCCUCACCCUCUGACCAUGCGGCAGCGGCUGGACAUUCUUCUAGGCGUGGCUUCUGGCCUGCAGUAUCUUCAUGAGUUUGGCAUUGUGCAUCGCGACAUCAAGCCCACCAACAUCCUCCUCGAUGACCACAUGAAGGCAAAGAUUGCUGACUUUGGGUUGUUAAGGUAUUCGGAGGGUACAUCUGUGGCUGCCACUCGGGUGAUGGGAACACCUGGCUAUGUGGACCCCGCUUACUGCAGGUCACAGAAGGCUACUCCCAUGGCUGAUGUGUACAGUUUUGGCGUGGUGAUGCUGACAGUGCUCACAGCUCGCAAGGCGGUCUUCAGCAUGGAGGCAGAACAGGUCGACCUCAAGACAUGGGCGGCUUCUCUUGUGGCGUCUAAUAACGUGGCAGCAUUCAAGGACCCCCACUUGGAAGCCCUGGAUAGGUUGGUGCUGCAGUUGGCUCGCCUGGCACUCAGCUGCAUUGCCAUGCCAACUGCAUCCCGGCCUUCCAUGAGCCGAGUGCUUGCCUAUCUAGUGAUGAUCGAUGACGAGCACUUCGGACAGAAGGUUGAUCGGAUGGCAGUGCGAAUUGACUCGGAGCUUGCAAGUUCAACAUGUGUUGGUAACUUUGAUGCAGUGAUAGCUUGCAUCGAGAACAUGCAUUGCAAUACUAUUGAAUCAGUAGCGGAUUGCUAGUAUAAUUGUACAGCUGCUAGUUGUUGAUUGAGUCCAUAGUUGUAUUUCGUCAUCCGAUUAUAGU